AAAUACCUCUAGUCAACAGAAAAAGUCCCGGGAGCCAAACAUGUAAGACUACGCAACACAACAAAUCAGCUCAGUGAUUUAGAAGCAGAGAAAGAUGCCAGACGAGGAUAACGGCGCUGCGCGCAAAGCUUCGGAAGAUCAAGGUUGUGACCGGAAACCAUUCAAUAUCUAUAUUAGCCACGCUCAAAGUGUAAUCGUUGGUGACAAUGGAGCUAUCACAGAUAGAAAGACAGAUCUGCAGGAUGUUGGUGCGAUGAAUACAGAUAAGCCAGGUGAAGAGCAGCCAAGCCUUGAUGACGACACUGUAAUGCAGCCAGGCCUUGAUGACGAAACUGCAAACAAGACGACAGACGUACAUGACGCGCGGCCAGGACUUGGUGGCAGCGAAGCUGUUGACUCGGGACCUGUAGUGGCUGACAGUGCUGAGGACAAUAAUGCAACCGACACAAAGGACAAUUUUACCGAGCAGGAACCACCGUACUAUGAGAUGCGAUCAAGAAGCAAAUGUGUUGAAAACGUUGAAAUGCGGCCAGUCAGGAAAGUCAGUUAUCGUCCGCGAGCUCUUUCGCAUUCCAUUGUUAACAGAGGCUUUAGUACAGACUCGGUCUGGACCGCAGACCAUCUUUUCAAGAAUCCAGAUGGCUUCCUCCGUGCGCUGUCAGCAGCAGAUGAAAUGGAGCGACAGCGCUUGGAAAAUGUUCUAUUCCAGAUCCUCCUUACAUUGGAAAAAGAACACAGAGCAAUUAAAAGCAAGGACAUUUAUAAUACGCUGACUACACUCGCAUGUAAUGACAUCGGAGAAACCGCGACACGACAUACACUGAAUCUGCUAUUGGAAGAAUUGUCAAGAAAGGCUGACGACUUUAAAGGACUUUUCUCGGUUGAACAAGCUCUUAGAGGGUCGAUCCUGCGGGAAGGCGGGGGCUUGUUUGAUAAGGAAUCGCUUUCCAUGCAAGAACUUAGACUGGGGGUGUACAGUAGGGUCCUUGCGCUUCUGUUUGUAGAUCGCACACUGGGAAAUUUGACGCCUUUGGACGCUGAGAUUAGCAAGCUUCGUGAUAAACUUUUGGAAAUGUUGAAAAAUCAUCGAUACCAGAAGCACAAUGAUCUGCGGCACGCAAUGGAGUUCAUCAUAGAGGUAGCUGAAAGAACGUAUCCUGAUCCUAAAAGGAAAAAACGAGACGGUGGGAUAAAGCGAAAUCUCGUCGAAAUAUUAGAGUGGGCACAUGAAGCCAAAGAUGAUACUCUGAGUGAAAAUCGAACAAAACAGUUCAAGCUCUUGUUCAACAGCUGGUUUGAGCUUCAUUUGGUGGUCUUUGUUUUACAGUUAAAGGUCUACAGAAAACCGAAGAUAAUGUCGGUAUUGAAAAGCUUGAUAGACGAAUAUGUUGCAUAUGGCGAAAAAAAGAGACUUGCUAGAAGGGAGAUUGAGUGGCAAAACGGGCUCAUCUUUGGCAGCGUGCUUCUCGACAUUGCUUUCUACAACAAAGAUAUUACCGCUCGUUCACAAGCAAGCGCGUGUCUUGCCAAUUUCUACAAAAAUAGCAAAGAUAUGGAGAAAUGCGAAGGCGUGAAGAUUGCGAUCACAAGGUGCUGCAAAAGAGUGUUGUUUUCUCCUGACCAAUUAAGCCGAUGCUUGGUCGGGCCUCACAUCAACAACGUCAGCUCAGAGGACGAUGUUGAUUAUCUAAUGUGGCAGUACCGCAAGUUUGUCCCUCCAGGGAAUUAUGAGAUCCUUAGAAGAGAUGGCGCUAUCACAGUUUUCAGCGCGACAUUUCGAGACAAGCCAGUCAUCAUCAAGCUCUGCCAUGCUUCCUCGGAUCUCGACGGUGUAAAUUACAAGCGCAUGCGCGAUGAGGUUUAUGCAAUGUACCGGCUGAACUCUUCAACCAUGCUUCACCCGAACAUCCCGCGGGUCUUCGCGUACGACACGGAACAACUGCCCUAUCACGUGAUUUUGGAGAGGUUGCCGGAGGGGGACCUUCUUAGCUAUCUGGAAAACUCUAGGCGUGAUUUGCUUCCCAUGCUGCCCCAGUCCAUAUUGACCGGCAUGUGUCUGGACGUACUGAGAGCAGUGAAGUUCCUACAUCAGCUCGGACUGGUCCACCGGUCCAUAUGCCCCUCUAAUGUAAUGGUCGGGGAGGAUAACGUUUGCAUGCUGUCGGGUCUUGGCACAGUCCGGGAAUUGAAGAGUCAGGGUGAAGGUACAACGCCGGAGUACGUCUCUAAUAAAUCCACUCAAGUGCGACAUGACGCCCCCGAAAGUUUAUUAGAUGGGCGCUUCUCAUGCGCGUCAGACAUGUGGAGCUAUGGCGUACUGAUGUACCAGGUGUUUACCCUAGGGGUGACCCCGUACAGUCGCGGUAAUGGAAGGGGCUGCGAUACGGACGAACAAGUCAGACAAUAUGUCUUAAAAGGAGGAAAGCUUUUGUCAGAGGCCUGCAUUCCCAAGCAAAUAGCUGCCCUUAUCGAGCGGUGUACAGAAUUUGACAGCCGCGAGAGACCCACUGCCGAGGAAGUGGAGAAUGAAUUGGAAGCUUACCAAAGUUAUAUAAGAUCAUCAGGCGAAGAUCACGCCCCUGAAAGUCCUCCACCUUUAAGAAAGCAGCUGAUUCCCAUUUGUAACUCUUCCUCCUCGACUCCAGUCGAUGAAAAUGAGCCAACAUUUCCAGAUGUCUUUGAACCGCCUUCUCCUGACUCUCUGACGAAGUCCAGGUGGCACGGGGAGAUCGUGAACAGGGAAGUCGUGAAUAAAGACAAGUUAGAAUGUCUUAGGAGCUUACGGCCGCUCCGCCAUGAAAACCUUGCUGAAAUUAAGUCAAUAUCUCCUCUAGGAAGUGAUUUUGAAGUGAUAACCGAGUACUUCAGAGAUGGGGAUUUACUACGCCAUGUGAGGGACGGCAAAUGUUCACCUUUUGACUUAGUGAGCGCGCUUGCGCAAAUUGCCAUGGUGAUUCAGUACAUACACCAGAGCGACAUUGUCCACUGCAGCCUAAGACCAGAUAACAUCAUGGUGGCGCAGCAAGCGCCUCUCAAGGUGAAACUAACGCGCUUUGGGCGAAUAGAGGAAAUUAUUGUCACCUCCUACAUGAAAACAAGCGCGGACGGGUUUGUUGUGAAACCUAUGCCCAUUGAUGAUUCGGCAUGGAGCGCGCCAGAGGUGAAAAACGAUAAUUACUAUUCACAAGCGGCUGAUGUGUACUCCUUCGGAAAGGUUGCCUUUGAGAUGUUCAAUACGCUAGACGAACUAGAGGCAUCGGCAGCCGCGGCCAUGGAUGACCAGACCAAGUCAUCGUUUGAGGGGAAUUAUCCAGUUCAACCGCAGAGUAUGCCAUGCUGGUUGUACAUCACACUCAAACAGUGUCUUCUGCAUUAUCCACGUGAAAGACCAACCUUCCUGCUCCUGGUCGACACCCUAACGAGCAGAAAGCCAUUUGAUUCCUGGAUGCUAAAGCAUUGGAAGAAGAUUCACAACGACGUUAAUGUUGAUUUUGGUGUCACCCAACCCGAGAAUGCUCCGCACGUUCUUCCCGAGGAAAAACAUCUCAACCACGCAGAAAUACGUAAAACCGUCACAGAUAGUCUUUACGCUCCUCACUGCUACGACUACCAGCUGGGACUUCUGCGUGAAACGACAGAAGAAGAAACGUAUGAGUAUAUUACAGAGAACGUGUAUGAAGAAUUUCCAAGUCAAGAAAUACAAGUUGAUGGAUUGCCAGCAUCGUCAAGAUCGCCCAAACAGGAUUUCAAAAAUUCACUACUCACCCUGAAAGGAAACCCACCACCACUACCCCCAAGACCACCCAUUCAUGGGUUGUUGGACACUAAGAGAAUGCUAUUACAACCACAAAGAGACCUACAAGGAGAUUUUUAUGGUUGCUCAUUUAUUUACGAAAAAGAUGGUAACGAAUCUGAUGAAGGCUCAGGAGAUGAUGAAACUCUUUGUGGAAUUGGCAGCAACCUAUACGAGCCAGUUUGUGAAUAUACUGCAAUGUUGCCCGAUCAUCAAUAUGUGCGCAAAUGUCAAGAUUUACUGUACGAAAAUAUAACCCAGCCAAGCCUGGCUACAUGUAUUAUACAUCAAGUGUCUCGACCAAUCCCUGCCAAGCGUCAAAUGCCUGAAUCAAACCCAACUGAGCGUCGAGUGUCUCCUCCAUUCCCUGCUGAACAUCGAAUUCCUCCACCGGACCCUGCUGAGCGUCGAGUGCCUCCUCCAUUCCCUGCUGAACGUCGAACUCCUGCACCGGACCCUGCUGAGCGUCGAGUGCCUCCUCCAUUCCCUGCUGAACGUCGAACUCCUGCACCGGACCCUGGUGAGCGUCAAAUAUCUUCUCCAUUCCCUGCUGAACGUCGAAUUCCUCCACUGGACCCUGCUAAGCGUCGAGUGUCUCCUCCAUUCCCUGCUGAACGUCGAACUCCUACACCGGACCCUGGUGAGCGUCGAGUGUCUCCUCUAUUCCCUGAUGAAUGUCAAAUGCCUCCACCGGACCCUGCUGAGCGUCGAGUGUCUCCUCCAUUCCCUGCUGAACGUCGAACUCCUACACCGGUUCCUGCUGAGCGUCGGGUGUCUCCUCCAUCCAGACUUCCUCCCCCAUCAUUACACAUACGUCCUUCAGACCGGCCCGGAAUGACAGCCACACCUCCUCCCCCACUACCAACCAGACGUCCAUCAUCCUGCUCCAGACCUGCUCCCCAGUUAUCAUACAGGCCUCCUGAUGUGACAGAUGUACUUUGUAGUAAUAGUCCCCGCCAUCAUCAGCCUCUUUAUGGAAGAGGUCAACACCAAGGCAGUUAUCAGCACGCUAGGCCAUUUACCCAUAUGGCAUCAAGUGGAGACCACUACAUACCAGGGAGAUCUGAAGAGAGAGUAUUCCAAGAUAUGAGCGGUGAUCAUACAUCAAGCGAAUGCUAUCAGCAAAGAUAUCACAACAUCUAUCAUUCAGAUCCACGCAUGAGUCUAUCGCACGACUUUUUGUGCGAUUAUCCCAUGGUCCAGCCUUACGACGUAAAUAAGGAGGGGUAUUGGCAUUUCGUCCGUCUCAACUCAGAUUGUACACAGUACACUAGGCGUCCAGGCGUCCAUCACUGCCGCUCGUGUGGUCACGAGGUGUACGAGAAUGUGGAAGAUCACUGCUCAAAGCAUGGACGAAGUUGUCGCCCCCUGUCGACACAUAUGUCAUGGAAGCCGAUUGCAUCAGAUAUUAGCCACGUGUAAUGGAAUCCCAAUGACAUUAUAGAUUAGCCACGUGUAAUGGAAGCCAUAUGACAACAUAAAUUAGCCACUUGUAUUGGAAGCCCAGUGACAUCAUAGAUUAGUCACGUAUAAUGAAAACCCAGUUGCAUCAUAGAUGAACUACGUGUACAUGUUGUAAAGGAAGCCCAAUGCUGACAAUGGCAUCAAAGAUGACUCACCAGUGUUUUGUAUAAAGAUAAUGCUUCUUUGAAGAUAAGUAAAUACAUGUCAUAUACACCUGUUUCAAAAUCUUGUGUAGGUGCACAAUGCAAAUGGAAAUGCCAAAUGGCAGUUCUGAUUUCGACAAAUGCAUGGGACUCGUCAAAUUUCUAAUGAUGUCAGAGAAAUGUGCGAUCAUCAUUGUUCUUACAAAUAACCUCGCAAAGCCUCCGUCGAUACGCCAAAGCCUUAGUUUGAUAUUUACCGGCAUGACCUCACUCUCGGUUAGUAAGUAGUUAGUAUUGUAUUGUAUACUGCAAUAAUUAAAGGAUUUGCGUUAAAUGCUGGGUAAUUACAAGGGUUAUAAUAUAACCUCGGAAUAUUGUCCGGUAAAUGCGAGUAUCCGCUAUAUAAGGUAUUCUAGUGAUAAUGUAUAGAUUGUUAAACAUUUUAAGUGUAGCGUGUAUUUUCUUAUGGAUUUUUUUUUCUACUAUUUGUAUCGACAUUUUUAUACAUUUUUAUAUACCAGAACACUUUUGGAUAAGUAACCCAGAAAGAACUUAAUAUGUAAGUUUUUUUUCGUCUCGUUUCGCCGUUAUUUCCUUUUAUCAUGUUAAUGAUAUCUGGUAGCAAUUACUUUCACGACUUGUUUAUUAAAUCAAAUAGCACAAUUAUAUUUGAUGGCAAUACUUUCAUGGCUUGUAUAUUAUAUCUCAUAGCAUGUCAUGGCUUUUAUAUUAUAUCCAAUAGAAUUUC